GAUCAUGUGAUUUGAAUGGAACUGAAGCUAUAGCUGGAACUGAAGCUGGAGCUGAAGCCGGAGGAGCUGCAUCAUCUGGUUGGCUGGGAAACGUUUUAGCGCUCCGUUUGUUAUUGUAUCUAUCUUCGCCGUUGCCUAGGUGAAUUUUGUUUACCGCAGAGAACGCCACCGCUGUGGUCUCUGUCUGAUUAGAGGCGCCUUAAGUGAGCGAACGAAUUUUUGCAAAACAGCUCGUGGAAAAUAAUUCAGUUUUCUUCAUUCCGCCGCCGACGACGCAAGCGCUCGGUUGUGUGCUCGCUCGAGAGGUCUCCGCCCGUCCACUUAUCGCCGCCACCGCUCCUCGAAUCGCGCUCGUGUGCCGGAUUGACGGACUCCCCAGAGUCUUCAAGUGAAUCGGACGUCUUCGACUGGAGUUCCGGCUUAAAAGCAGCACUCGCAACCAGGAGGAUUCGUAGCCAGCCGUCAGUAGCCAGCAGCCAGUAGCUAUUAGCCAUGGCCGAGAAUGAGCCGCUGAACGAGCAGCAGGGACAGGUGAAUGGUCGCAUCCUGCCCGCCAAUGGACACACUGCUCCGCUGACCAAUGGCCAGGUGCAUGCCAACGGCAAGGAUCCGGCAGUGGCAGCUCAGAACGGGCACGCAAACGGGAACGGGACACACAUCGAGGCGCCCUGCUGUCGGGACAUUCACGGCAAGGAGCCGCCGGACGGAGGAGCCCGCGCCUGGCUGGUCAUGGUGAGCGCCUUCCUCUGCAACGGCAUCAUCUUCGGGUUCAUCAACACGUACGGCGUCAUCCACUCGCUGCUGAGCGACCGGCUCAACAAACUCGGGGAUCCGGAGGCCUCCAGCAAGGCGGCUCUGAUCGGAUCCCUGGCCAUCGGCACCACAUUCCUCUUCUCCACAGUGGCCGGCUGCUUGACGGACAAGAUUGGACUGCGGCUGACCACGUUCGCCGGCGGAGUGCUCUCCGCGGGAGGACUGCUGCUGUCCUCGUUCUGCACCGAGAACAUCGGUGCCCUGUACUUCACCUACGGGAUCAUGUUCGGCCUGGGUGCGGCCCUGGCCUACACGCCCACCCUGGCCAUCCUGGGCCAUUACUUCAAGCGCUAUCUGGGCAAGGUGAGCGGCUUCGUGACCGCCGGCUCCAGCGUCUUCACUGUGAUACUGCCACCCUGUCUGGACAAGCUCCUUGGCGUCUAUGGCCUGGAGGGCACUUUACGGAUAAUGAGUCUCGUGUCCGCCUUCAUCAUCCUCUGCUCCUUCGUUUACAAGCCGCUGCAUCCGCCACCGGAGCCACCGAAGAAAAAGCCCGGAAGGUCGCGCAUCAAUCUCUUCCUGCGCUCCAUCGUCAACGUGGAGAUCUGGAAGCGCAAGCGCUUCGUCAUCUGGGCGCUCUGCGUGCCGCUCGCCUUGUUCGGCUACUUUGUGCCCUACGUCCACAUGAUGCAGUUCGUGAAGACCACGUUCCCGGGCGAGGAUGUCAACCUGCCGGUCAUGUGCAUCGGCAUCACCUCCGGCAUCGGAAGGCUGAUCUUCGGCGUGAUUGCCGACAUGCCCGGUGUGAACCGCAUGUACCUGCAGCAGCUGUCGUUGGUGUCCAUUGGCCUGGUCACCCUGCUGCUCCCGCUGACCAACUCGUACGUGGUCCUUGUCUCGUUCACCCUGGUCAUGGGCCUCUUCGACGGCUGCUUCAUCUCGCUGCUGGGCCCCAUUGCCUACGAGAUCUGCGGUCCGUCGGGUGCCACGCAGGCCAUCGGCUUCCUGCUGGGCCUCAGUUCCAUUCCGCUGACCGUGGGACCCCCGGUGGCGGGCAUGAUCUUCGACAGCACCAACUCCUACACCCUGCCCCUGAUUCUAGCCGGGCUGCCCCCACUGCUCGGCUCCUCGCUGCUCUUCCUCAUCAAGUGCGUCAAGGAGGAGGAGAAGGGGAUCAGUGCGCCGCGAGCGGUGGUCAUGGCCAACGGAGACAUCGAGAUUGCCGGCAACGGCCAUUAUCGGUCGGAUGGCUCCAAGUCCAGUGCACCGUUGAUGGGUGCCAGUAAUGGUGGAUCCCAUGGAACCGGCGAUGCGACCCCUAGGAUCCAGAGCAACGGACACGUGGACAGCGGAACUGGUGCGUACCCCGACUCACCUUGGCCUAGCCCCACUCGCAUCUCAGACUCCGCCGCCUGCGACCAUCCCAGUAGCUCGCUUCACACUAACCCGGGCGCCCAUGCGCCUCCCAGCUGCUCUCACACCGCACUGCUGGGCCGGGGCUCCAGCUACAGCUCCAGCUCCAGUCCCAGCAUGUCCCUGCCCCUGACUGACGACCCCAAGCGGCGUCGCUAUACCUAUUCCAUCUACUAACCCACUGCCUAAAUGCUAGCUGCUAGAAUCUCUCUGCUUCGCCUGCUGUAAGCCCUCUCUUGGGCACUUGCCGCCUUCUGGGUAUCUUGGUGUGAAUCGCGUGUGUAAUCGAAUAGCAUGACUAAGAGCACUUCACCAUCCCACGUCUCUAACCCUGCACCAGCACCAGCACUCCCAUUUCCAUUCCCAUUCCCAUUGCGUCCAAAAUGCUUUGUAGAUCGUAAGAUCGUAAGACUUGCUGUUGUAAAUAAAUGCCAGCCUAUGUCUCAUACAACUCGUUGCGUGUUCCGGAGUCAUCGCAUGGGCAGGCGCAAAUCCUUCGACCAGAA